ACCUUAUCUUGCCAACUCCCCUCCACAAUAAUGUCAGAAAUAGAAUUAGGAAUCACUGCUGAUAUGCAUGUUCAUCUUCGUGAUGAAUCCAUGUCUGAAUUAAUCACUCCUACUGUCAGAGAAGGUGGUGUAGCUAUCUGUUACGUCAUGCCUAACUUGGUUCCACCAAUCACCACCAAGAAACAAGUGGUUGACUACAAGAAAAAGCUUGAAGAAUUGUCUCCGUCCACUACUUUCUUAAUGUCUUUCUACCUUUCCAAAGAAUUAACUCCUGAAUUAAUUGAAGAAUGUGCCAGAGAAGGAUUAGUCCACGGUAUCAAAUGUUACCCUGCUGGUGUCACCACCAACUCCAAAUAUGGAGUUGACCCUAAUGAUUUUAGUUCAUUCUAUCCUCUUUUUGAAGUCAUGCAAAAGCACAAGCUUAUUUUAAACAUCCACGGUGAAAAACCUUCCACAGAAAAGGAAAACGAUAUCAACGUUAUUAACGCUGAACCAAGAUUCUUACCCGCUUUGAAAAAAUUACAUCAAGACUUCCCACAAUUAAAGAUUGUCUUGGAACAUUGUACCACUGCUGAUGCCGUCGCAUUAGUCAGAGAAAUAAACUCUGGUUAUAAACCAGGUGAUGAAAUCUACGUGGGUGCCACCAUUACUGCCCAUCAUUUGUAUUUAAUUAUUGAUGAUUGGGCAGGUAACCCUAUAAACUUCUGUAAGCCAGUUGCCAAAUUCCAAAAGGAUAGAGCUACUCUCGUGGAAGCAGCAACCAGUGGAGAGCCAUGGUUCUUUUUCGGAUCCGAUAGCGCCCCACACCCAAUUGACACCAAAAAGAGACACGUUUCUGUCUGUGCUGGUGUCUACACCCAAAGUCACGCCAUUGCUUAUGUUGCUGAAGUCUUUGCCAAGGCUGAUAAAUUAGCAAACUUAAAGAACUUUGUCAGUGACAACGGUAUCAAUUUCUAUGGAUUAAGUGAUGCCAUCUUGAGCAAGCACAAGGGUGAAUCUGUAUGGUUGGUCAAGCGUGAAAAUAAAGUCCCUGAAGCUAUUGCCAAUGUUGAUGUUACUGUUGUUCCAUUCAAGGCUGGAGAAACCUUAAACUACUGUGUUGAAUGGAGAUAGAUUGUAUAACCUUAUUAGAACAUAUAACAUAAGUAUAAAACUGUAUAUAAUUGACAUUAGCCACCGCUCGCAAGUAUUUUCAACUCAAAAUGCCCAGAAUAUUUUUCAUUGUUUUUAUUCACGUAUCUACAAUUCUAAUUUAAUUAUUACGCCGUUAAUUUACAGAAAUGAGUCAAGCCUCGUAAGACUGAUUACCCAACAUAAUACAUCAACGGUUAUUGAUAAUGCAAACGUUUUCACAUGCAUGCAAUUUGUUAUCACAUUUGUUGGAUAAGGAAGGUCAAUUAUCGAACACAAAAUUCGAAAAAAAUCACAUGCACUCAGAUCAUAAAUUGACAGUAAUUACACAAUAUUAGUAUUGUGUUUGCUUGGAUAUUGGUUGCAAAUUGACACGAGGCCAUUAUAUAAGAGUUGUGACAUCCUAGAACAUUUGUAGAUAUUCUUGUCAAGCAAAUGCAGUGUUUAUACGAAAGUUCAAGCAAGAAAUGCGCAGGAUAAUGCAAUUCUCAUAAUGUCGCAAACCAUGUUUCAAGCCAUAACGCUGUUUCCACAAGUUACACGCAUUAUCAGCAACUAUAGAUUUACAAUUCAACACGAUGAGACUAAACGGAGAAUUCCCUAGUAUAUAUUUCAAAAAUAUUUCUCAUGUUUGCACGAGAUUCCGUGAUAUAAAUCCAGAGUCAAAUUAGAAACAACCCUCGAAGGAGAAAGGCUGGUAUAACUAUAAAUCCGAGAAAAAAGGAGUUUAUCAUGUCGAUUCAACAACGUGGACCCUGUCUAAUCUUCUCAAUUCCGCAUUCAGCAAUUUACCCACCCAAUCAAUUGCAAUAGACUUGAAGCCUUCUGGGUAUCUGCUUGAUUCCGCCAAUUGAAUUCUCGAAGCCACAUAAUCGUGUGAUAUCCAACAAGGGUCAGAUCUACAGCACACGUUGCUUCGUAUAAUAAGCCUAGAUAUAUAUCCAAUGAAAUCACCUAGUUAUUGUUUAAUUCCAUGUCGCGGAAUUAUUCCGUGCGUCUACAUAUACGUCAUUAAAUUACGUACUGUGCGAGCUGCCCACGUUGCCUACCUGCCAAGUCCGAUCGCCAAAAAAAAAUAACAUUAAGCGAUGUUCCAUAACCGAUAAGCUCAUCGCGUUUUGUUCUAUGGUCAUCGCAACAAGUAGAUGUCAUUAUGAAGGGUUUCAUGUUAAAUCUACUUUUUAAUUGAGUGGUUUUAACAAAGUAUAAUCUGGUGUUAGGGUCAAUUGCAUCAAUUUAAGGGUCAUGUGACCCUAAUUUAGUUGUCCCGAGUGUUGCCGCACU